UGUGAAUUCAUUAGUCACUAUUCAGAUAUUCAAACGAUGGUCAACACACUCGCAGCGCUUGUUGUUGCCCUAGUAGUGUCCACGGCCUACGUCGCAGGCCACGGAUUUGCCAAGGACCCCCCUAGCAGGUCAUCAAUGUGGCGUUAUGGAUACGAUACACCGAUCAACUACGAAGACAGCCAGCUCUGGUGCGGAGGGUUCCAGAUCCAGCACAACGCUUAUGGAGGAAAGUGUGGUCCAUGCGGUGAUUCGUACGGAGAUGCACGGCCAAGGGCCAAUGAAAACACUGGAAAGUUCGGCCGAGGAAUUGUGAGCAGUACCUACAUCCAAGGGCAGGCAAUCUCUGCCACUUUUGAAAUCACUGCCAAUCACAGAGGGUGGAUCCAGUUCUCUAUUUGCAAGUUGAACACGACUAACCAGCUGGAAACUGAAGAGUGUUUCGUUCCGCUGCAGCUGAAGGGCACGACAGAAACGAGAUACGUGUUGCCCAACGACAACAUCGGCGAAACCACGGUUCAGUUGCAGCUGCCGCCCAAUCUGGUGUGUCAAAGGUGCGCCCUGCAGUGGCACUACCACACUGGAAACUCGUGGGGAACCUGCGAGGACGGCUCUGGCGCCAUCGGCUGCGGACCCCAGGAGACCUUCCGUACGUGUUCCGACGUGGCCGUCAUGCAGUUGUAACAAAGAACUAGACACUGAAUUUUAGCGGUGCUGCUGUUAAAGGUUCUGCGAAUGAAAAUAAUUUGCAUUUAACGUGAUAUUUAUUACAUCUCAGUGUCGUUAUGUGCUCGGUACAUGAUUUUAGAUAUGUGUAUUUAUUAAUGAUCAACGAAUCUUGGAAUGUAGUAUUAAUAAAACUGUCUUUU